AUGGGUAACCACCCAUCCUCUGUACAAAAAUGCUUGACCAGCGCAGUCAGCGGAAACGCCAGCCUACUCACUACCUCUUCUACGUUGUUAUAUCAGCUCAACGACGUCAAACCGUACAACCUUGAUAUUCCGAUAACACCCGCCGCCGUGACCUACCCCGAAAGUGCCGAGCAAGUUGCUGCGAUCGUCAAGUGCGCUGCAGACGCCAAGCUGAAGGUUCAACCGAGAUGCGGAGGACAUAGCUAUGGGAACUAUGGAAUCGGCGGGACCGACGGCGCAAUCGUGGUCGACUUGAAGCACUUCCAGCAGUUCUCGAUGGACAACAGCAGCUGGACGGCGACCAUCGGAGGCGGCACUCUUCUCAACGACGUCACAAAGCGGCUGCACGAUGCCGGUGGCCGGGCGAUGGCCCACGGAACCUGCCCGCAGGUUGGAAUAGGAGGACACGCAACGAUAGGCGGUUUGGGUCCUACGUCUCGAAUGUGGGGCUCCGCACUGGAUCACGUGGAGGAAGUCGAAGUUGUUCUCGCCAACUCCUCUAUUAUCCGAGCAUCCGCGACCGAGAAUCCGGACGUGCUUUUCGCCUUGAAGGGUGCAGGCGCCAGCUUCGGAAUCAUCACCGAGUUCAAAGUCCACACCGAAGCUGAGCCUGGCGAGGUCGUGCAGUACAACUUCAACUUCAACCUAGGAUCCACAGCCGAGAAAGCCGAUGUCUUCAAAGCAUGGCAAUCUAUCAUCGCAGACCCAGACCUUUCUCGGAAGUUUGCCUCCCAAUUCAUCGUCUUCGAGCUCGGGACUAUCGUGUACGGCACCUACUUUGGCUCCAAAGAAGAGUUCGAGUCGCUCAAUAUCACGAGCCGGCUCCCAGGAAACGGUGAUCCAAGCACUAUCGUUCUGGACGAUUGGCUUGGGCUGGUCGCGCAGUGGGCUGAAGAAGGCGGGCUCCAAAUCGGCGGUGGCGUUCCCAGCAACUUUUACUCCAAAUCCCUCGCCUUCACCAAAGACGAUCUGAUUCCAGACGGUGGUGUCGAAGCGCUCUUUGAGUACUUCGACAACACCGAUAAGGGUACCGCGAUAUGGUUUGCCAUCUUCGAUCUCAGCGGUGGCGCCGUCUCCGACGUGCCGAUGAAUGCGACAGCUUUCUCACUCCGCGACACCCUCUUUUACGUGCAAACCUACGCCAUCGACAUCAGUCGUGUGACGAACACGACGCGCUCUUUCAUCACCGGCAUCAACAAGGUAAUCCUAGAUGCGCUGCCGGGUCACACGCUGGGCGCGUAUCCGGGAUACGUCGAUCCCGAGCUACCGGAUGGACAGCAGGCGUACUGGGGCGCGAAUCUGCAGCAGCUGAAGGAGAUUAAGCGCGCGGUGGAUCCAGGAGAUGUGUUUCACAACCCGCAGAGUAUUCCCGUUGCGGCAUAG